GUCAGAUGCAGUCACCUGCACUUCCAAUGUAGAAGUGGCCAAUGUGUUUCUUAUUUCUUGCGCUGUGAUGGAAAUUAUAACUGCGAGGACCACUCAGAUGAAGAAGACUGCCCACUCUCCAAACAUCUACACUGCUAUGUGGAUGAAGCCAAAUGCCUUAAAAGUGGAGAAUGCAUCCUAAAGCAGUGGCUCUGUGAUGGGGAUCUGGACUGCAAAGAUGGGUCAGAUGAGCAGGACUGUGAAUUUUCAAAGAAACCAUGUGGUGCCCAUCAGUGGCAGUGUAGCACCUCAUCACAAUGCAUCCCAGACCAGUGGAACUGUGACAGGGAACGUGACUGCAGAGACGGGAGUGAUGAAAUUGGAUGCAGGCCCAGCAAAUGCUAUGGCUAUGAAUUUCUGUGUGGAGAAACCUGUAUCAAUUAUACUUUGGUCUGCAAUGGGAAACCUGACUGCCAAGGUGGAAUGGAUGAAGGCAGCAAUUGUGCCAUGCCAUGCCAAAAAUCAUGUGCUCACACUUGUUAUAAAUCUCCUAGUGGGCCUAAAUGUGCUUGUAAUGAGGGGUUCAGACUAAGAAGUGAUGGACACUCUUGCAAAGACAUCAAUGAAUGCAAAGAGUUAGCAGAUGAAAAAUGUAGUCAGACCUGUGUCAAUACGGAUGGCAGCUACCACUGCACGUGCCACCCUGGAUAUUUGCUGGAGCCUGAUGGCCACACAUGCAAAGUAGUUGGCUCUGAGCCAGCACUACUAGCUGCCGUUCAGUUUGACUUGCUCCUAUAUGGAUUAAGGACCAUGAAAGAGGACAUUAUUUUGAGAGUUGAUCAGGACAUCAUUAUCUUUUCCAUUGACUAUGAUUUUGUAACACAGAAAGUCUUCUGGAUGGAUCUUAAUGCAGAAAGUAUUAAGUGGGUUAAUAUGAAAACCAAGGAAAAGGGAACUCUAAUAAAAGGCAUCAAAUCUGACAGUAUAGCAGUGGACUGGUUAGGAAGGAAUCUUUACUGGACUGAUGGUAUAGCAGGACAGAUCUUGGCUACUUGGUUAAAUAGUACUUGGAAGCAAAAUCCUGGCUACACCAUAGUUCUUGAUGAUCUGGAGCAACCGCGGUCCCUAGCUCUCCACCCACUGGAUGGAUUUAUGUACUGGUGUGAAAUAGGCACUGAAUCCAAAAUAGAGAAAGCGGGGAUGGAUGGAAGUAAUAGAAAAGUGCUAAUAAAUGAUGGACUUGGUUGGCCCACCAGCAUAGCCAUUGACUUCUUGAGCUGGAGGAUUUUCUGGUCUGAUGACAAGUUGCACUGCAUUGGCUCAGCCUUUUUGGAUGGUAGUAAUGUGAAGUUUUUUCAGUUGACUGAGAUUCAUAGUCCCUUCUCAGUAAGUAUCUUUGAAGACUACAUCUAUUGGUCUGACAUGGAAACAAGGAUAGUACAGAAGAUAGACAAAAGGACAGCUAAAAAUAGAACAGUUCUCCUCAAGAGCCAUGGACAACCUUAUGGACUAAAGGUGAUACAUGAAGUUCUGCAGCCGGCAGCCCCUAAUCCAUGUGUAGAAAGUGGCUGUUCGUAUAUGUGCCUCUUAAGCACCAAGAGAAGAGGCUGCUUUUGCCCACUAGAAUUUGUGCUUUCAGAUGAUGGAAAGACCUGCAUUCCAUUAAAGGAGUCAGCAUUCAUGUUACUGAUUGCACAGACAGCUGUUACACAGAUCUACCUGAAAAAACUGCGUUCCAUAGCUGGGCAGGUGCCUCUUCCUAAGCACAGCACUCUCCCCUUGUUCAAUGCUACUCAUCUGACGGCUGUAGACUACUCUAUACGCAGUGCUGCAUUGUACUUCUCAGAGUUUGAUGAUGGCUUCAUAAACGUUCUGGCUAUUAAGGAUGCUGGAAGAGCUUCUUUGAAGAAGAUUCUGCCAGUCGAGGGUACUGUGAUAUCACUUGCACUUGAUUGGCUGAGUGCCAACAUCUAUUGGAUUGACAAUAAACAUCCGUCUGUCCAAGUGGCAGCAUCAGAAGGCAAAUAUACACAUGUGGUAAUUAGUGAUGGUCUUUACCACCCAACCACUGUGGUAGUGCAUCCCCCAACUGCAUCUAUGUGCAUUGUGGAUUUAGGUGGUGGACAUGGCACACCUGAUCCCUUGAUAGAAUGUGCUUCUAUGGAUGGGAGUAGGCGGAGGAUACUCUGGAAGAGAGCCCAGGUUCCUGUUGGUUUAACAAUAGUGGAUGCUGGCACCCGGCUCUAUUGGGCUGACCAAGCAAAAGGUACUGUGGAAAGCAUUCAUCUAGAUGGCUCCCAGUACAGACUCAUUCAAAGAGGACUGCGUGGCCUUACGCUUUUCACAGCUGGGGAUGGAAUGAUGUUCUGGACAACAGCAGCACGCAACCAUGCAACAAAGGUGUGGCAUAGUCAGCGGGAAAUGGUAGAAAACUGGUGGUUUCAAAUAAAUCAGAAACUUGUGGAUAUAAAGAUCUACAGCAAACUAAACCAACAAGGUAGAAAUGGUUGUUCAGAAGAGAAUGGGGGAUGUAGUCAGAUCUGUUUACCAAUUCCACAAGGACGAAGCUGCCGGUGCACCACUGGGUACAUUUUAGAACGUGAUACUGUGUGUAUCAAAGCCAUAAAAUGCUCAGAGCCACUUCAAGCCUGCUUGGAUAACAGCAAAUGUAUCGUAAAAGGACAAAUCUGUGAUGGAAGCAUUGAUUGUCAUGAUGGAUCUGAUGAGUUGAAUUGUAACUACAUUGUCAAGGAACCCCAGCCCAUAACUCCAUCUCAGACAACACUGCUGCAAACAAAACCAUUUCGUGAAAAGAAAACCCUGGCACCCAUCAAAAUCACCACUAAGAAACCUACCACUAAAAAGGUGCAUGUACAACCGCAAGAGACAAAACACAAGAGUACUACUGUUACUGAAUAUAAAAGUACAACUUCUACCACAAUGCAAAUCCUUCCUCCAAGAAGAGGACAGAGACCUACACUACCUGCACUGCGGAAAUGGCAAAAGCCUUCUCUAGUGCAGGGGGUCAAGCAAAGUGGCUUAGGGUCACAAGCUUGCAACAGUGAGACCUGUAACAUGAGAGGAGAGUGUACUGUGGAAAACCACAGAAUAAAGUGCAAUUGCAUGUUGGGAUAUAGUGGUGACCACUGUGAAGAAGAGGAACCAAAGUCUACAGCUGGUUCCAUUGUUUUGAGUAUCAUUGCUGUCUUACUACUUACUAUGGGAGCAGCAGGGAUCUUUAUCUACUUCAGGAAGCAAAAAUCACGCCGAAGGACAUCAAGUACAGGGUCAGAUAAAACACUGGCCAUCUACCAGAAGUAUGAUGAACCAGAAGAAAACAACUUUGUUGAAGAUGAAACAUGCAUCAAUGCAGCUUAUGACCCAGACCAGGAAAUGGCAGCUUCUCUGAAGACAAGGACAGGCACAGAUUUGCAAGAAAAAUAAUGUUAACUAUAAAUCUCAUGCUGUCUUCUUCAGAUGGAAUCGAGGAAUGAUUAUGUAGAACUACACAAUGGGGAUUUCUCAUUAAUGUCAAAUUCAGUGUAUUAACGCUGAGCCUGUUAGUUUCAAUUUUAAAUAGCAUUUUUAAAGCCAGCUGAAAGUAGCAAGCAUGGAGCAAUUCCACUGUUGGACUAGCUAAUGGGAUUAUGAUAGCAUGAAUUAGAUUCUGGAUUUACAAUGGUAUGGAGACCCGGUGAAAUGAACUGCAAUCACUUCUAGAGGCCAAACAGGGAUUGGAUCCAGUACUCACCUAGCAGCAGUGAUGCAGCUGACAAGCUGUAUGGUACUAGACCUACAGAAUAGUCAUAUACCAGCUUUGCAAAUGAAGGAUGAUGUAUGGUGUGUAAGAAGAACCAAAUGCACAAUAAAAACUUUGUCUCAAA